CACCUCAGUCUCCCCCAUGUGUCCACGCGCUUCGGAACCGCGCGGGUCUGGCCGCGGGGCUCAGCUCGGGGACCGGCAGUGCCCUCUGCAGGCGGACGCGCCCGGGCCGCGAUGACCGUCCGGUCCUUCCUGCCACGCCGCCGGCCCGGCUGAGACGGGCCUGGCGGCUCCGUGGCCUCCGCCCGGCCCCGGCCCCGCCGCGUCCCCGCGGGCAGGAGGUGAGGACAAUGGCCAGCCCGGAGGACGACCUCAUCGGCAUCCCCUUCCCCGAGCACAGCAGCGAGCUGCUGAGCUGCCUGAACGAGCAGCGGCAGCUGGGGCUGCUCUGCGACGUCACCAUCAAGACUCAGGGGCUGGAGUACCGCACCCACCGCGCCGUCCUGGCCGCCUCCAGCCGCUACUUCAAGAAGCUCUUUGCCGGGCCCGGGCCGGGCCAGGAGGUCUGCGAGUUGGACUUCGUGGGGCCGGAGGCACUGGGGGCGCUGCUGGAGUUUGCCUACACGGCCACGCUCACCAUCAGCAGCGCCAACAUGGGCGAGGUGCUGCGCGCCGCCCGCCUGCUGGAGAUCCCCUGCGUGAUCGCCGCCUGCGUGGAGAUCCUGCAGGGCAGCGGCAUGGAAGCGCCUGGCCCCGACGACGGCGACUGCGAGCGCGCCCGGCGCUACCUGGAGGCUUUCGCCACCCUCCCCGAGGGCGAGGUGCCCGCCCCGCCGCCCCCUCGCCCCGCUGCCCGCCGCAGCAAGAAGACUCGCAAGUUCCUGCAGGCUCGUGGUGCCAGGCUCAACAACCACGCCGAGGAGCCGCCCGCCGAGGCCGAGGGCUGCGGCAGCCCCCCGCCGCCCCCCCAGAUGCCCUCCCCUCCGCUCCCGGAGGAGCUGCCCCUGCCCUAUGACAGCUUCGAGAUGCCCGAGGAGGAGGAGCUGCCCCCACACUCCUUCCCCUUCCCCUACCAGCCUCCUCUGUCCCCCGAGGAGGCCGCCUCUGACGAGGACCCCAUCGACCCCGACCUGAUGGCGUACCUGAGCUCGCUGCACCACGAGGCGCUGGCACCCGGGCUGGACAGCCCUGACAAGCUGGUGCGGAAGCGCCGCUCGCAGAUGCCCCAGGAGUGCCCUGUGUGCCACAAGGUCAUCCACGGGGCCGGCAAGCUGCCCCGGCACAUGCGCACGCACACGGGGGAGAAGCCCUUCGCCUGCCAGGUCUGCGGGGUCCGCUUCACACGGAACGACAAGCUGAAGAUCCACAUGCGCAAGCACACGGGGGAGCGGCCCUACUCCUGCCAGCACUGCAGCGCCCGCUUCCUGCACAGCUACGACCUGAAGAACCACAUGCACCUGCACACGGGCGCCCGGCCCUACGAGUGCUGCCGCUGCCACAAGGCCUUCGCCAAGGACGACCACCUGCAGCGGCACCUCAAGGGCCAGAACUGCCUGGAGGUGCGGACCCGCCGCCGCCGCCGCGACGAUCCGCCGCCGCCGCCGGCCGGCCCCCCGGGGCUCGACCUCUCCAACGGGCGGCUGGAGGGGCUGCGUCUCUCCAUCAGCCGCUUCUGGGGGCCGGGACAACCUAAGGAGGAGGAAGAGGAGGCGGAGGGAGAGGAAGGGCCUCAGCCGGACGAGGCCGUGCCGGUGGUGGAGACGGCGUAGGGCCGCCGCCGCGGCGGGUGCCGUGCCGUGCUGUGCCGUGCCCACCGGGGUUUCUGUUCCCGUUUUUCCCCGUCACGGUUCGUUCCCAGUUAUGCAAAGGGGGAAACUCCCCCUCUGGCUGAUUUGCACAAUGGGGUGAGGGGGAUGUCCCCGCCGCCCCCCGCCCGUGCCCGGGUGGCAAAGCCCCAGCGGGAGCAGGGGGAGGAAAACGGGACCGGUUGUGUGUCCCCCGCAACCUCCCGUGGAUGCACAACCCCCACUCCCCCCUCCCCAGCGGGGCCGGGACCGAGCGGGGGCGCUCCUGGACCGAACCCCCGCCCCCCCUCAACCCCGCCGCCACCGCUAAAACCGAGGCGGGGCCGGCAGGACGCCCCCUGGCGGCCCCGCCCCAUGCUCUCCCCCGUUGGUGGCGGUUUUGGGGGGCGGGGGGAGGGUGUUCCAGCCGCCCCGCGCUGUACAUAGCUUGUCCCACCAUCCCCCCUCCCCAUCCCGAGCAGCCCCUCCCCGGCGAGCCCCCCCUCGCCCCUGCACUCCCGGCUGCUUUCUCUCGGUUGCACUAUUCGGGUGAGCCCACCCCUCUCCCCCCCUUCACCACCCCUUCGACACCCCCCACCCCCCCCAAAACCACCCCGGCCCUGUGGGAUCUCCCUCUCCCCGGGGGUGGCCGGGUCCCAGCGGUCACCUCUCUGCCCUUUGCACAUGCCCAGCCUCCUCCUAGGGCGCAGCCCCCCCUACCCCGCAGGGCUAGCAGGGCACCGGCACUAUUUGCCUAAAAUAAGAGUUUAUCUAUAUUUAAAAAGAUGAUGUAAUAUAUUCCCCCUCCCCCCCC